AUACUUAUUGUAAUUUCCUAUAUUUUUAUUACCUUGUUGAAUGAAAUGAAUUUGAAGUAAUUAUGUUAGAGAUAAAAUAAUCUAUGUGUCCAUUGACGCCUUCUCGCGGGUCUUGAAGAAAGUAAAAUCAGCUGACCCUGUCUACCAAGCGUCAAAUGCGUAUUUAUAAAUAACGUGGCGUUUGAGUUCGUCCUAAACUUGAGUUAUUUUUCAUAAACAACACGUCAAAAUGGUAGAUAUGAAAAGUAACGUUAGUUUUUGUUGUCAACGAUGUUUACAGCCUCUAAGAUUGGAUCCAAGUUUCUUGGAUCACCUCGGGGAACACACGUUAGCAGAACUUUCACUUCCAAUUCAACAGCAAGUGGUAGGAGAAAUAGAACCUCAAAGUGGAAGUAUGGAACAUUUGGUUCCACCAUUUAGACUAACUGAGUCUGCAAAUGGAACUAAUGGAUUUAUGCUAGUUGGAGAUUCUGGAGAAACAGAAAGUCUCAGUCACCAUUUAAAGGUACGAGCAACAUUGUUUGAUAUUCUUAGUAGCAGUAGCUCUGCUGAUCACCCUCUCUGUGAUGAAUGCACAGAUAAUCUUUUGUGGUCAAUGGAUCAACAAUUAAGAAUGACAGAAGGAGAAUGGUCAGACUAUAAUGAAUACUUAAAAAAAUUAGAACUAGAACAACAACAGGGAAAUGAGGACAUAGAAAUGGAAAGUCUUACAAAAGAAUUGCAAGAUGUGAAAGCAGAAGAGAAAAGAAUGAUCAGUGAAUUGGAAGCUCUGAGAAAAGAAGAAAUUGCUACCAGGAAUGCGAUAUCUCAACAAGAAAGAGAAAGGGAGAAGCUUCAAAGCGAAGAAGAAAGGUAUUGGAAGGAAUAUUCAAAGCAUAAAAGAGAUCUUAUAUUAGCAGAAGAUGAGUAUCGUAGUUUGGAAUGCCAAUUAGCCUAUGCAGCUUCACAGCUAGAGAGACUGAAGAAAACGAAUGUUUUCAAUGCCACAUUUCAUAUUUGGCAUUCAGGGCACUUUGGAACUAUAAAUUCCUUUCGUUUAGGCCGUUUGCCAAGUGCACCGGUAGAUUGGAGCGAAAUUAAUGCCGCUUGGGGACAAACUACCUUACUGUUAACAGCUCUGGCUAGAAAAAUGAAUCUUACGUUCAAACGCUUUCGUUUAGUGCCGUUUGGUAAUCACAGUUAUAUUGAAGCCUUAGACCAACAUAGAGAGUUACCUCUCUAUGGAAGUGGAGGAUUCAAAUUUCUGUGGGAUACCAAAUUUGAUGCAGCAAUGGUAGCGUUCCUUGAUUGCUUACAGCAAUUUAAGGAACAAGUGGAAAAAGGAGAUAGUGGAUUCUGUCUCCCAUAUAGAAUGGAUCGGGGUAAAAUAGAAGAUUCUGCUACAGGCAACUCUUACUCGAUCAAAAUUCAAUUUAACUCUGAGGAACAGUGGACCAAGGCACUCAAAUUCUUAUUGACCAAUCUAAAAUGGGGUCUUGCAUGGGUUAGUUCCCAAUUCACAAAAGAUGAGACUGAACAUUAACUUGAUAGUAUGCUGAUUCAUCCAGUCUUAAUCAUACGUCUUUUUCACAUUCACUUAUGUACAUACGUGUUAUUUGUAAAUAAAAUCAGUUAAAGGAUAAA